AUGAGACUCAGCUAUGUAUUGAAUGCAGCCCUGGCUGUUCCAUGCGUGACAGCUCUUGCCGUGUCCAGGGACGCAGCUCCCCCGGGUCCUCCAGCUCCUCCUGGUCCACCUUCUGGUCCUCACACUCGCGGACCCCCUCCGCCACCAGCGCCGCCCGCAGGACCAGCCUCUCCCGCGAGAUCUUCUGCAGGUGCUCAUGCUGUCAAGCUUCAAGGAGGCACCGUCAACGGUUUCGCAGAUGCCAGCGGAAACUCGGUCUUCUUGGGCAUUCCCUUUGCCGAAACGACCGGUGGACAGAACAGAUGGAAGGCACCUAUCCCCAAGAAGAAGCUUAUGCCCGGACAGGUAGUCAACGCUACUGCCUACGGACCAACCUGCCCUCAGGCAAUUAGCACCACUCCUUACAGCCGUCAAGAUGAGGACUGCUUGAACCUCAAUGUCUGGGCUCCUGCCAAUGCCAAUGGCAAGAACCUUCCCGUCUUUGUGUACAUGUACGGAGGUGCUAUGGUCACUGGCUCCAGCAGCAAUGUCCAGUUCCAGGGUAACAACUUUGCCCGCAAGGACGUCAUAUUUGUCAGCUUCAACACCAGAGAGAGCAUCUUCGCUUACCCCAACUCGGCUGAGUUGGGCAAGGACGGUUCGCAGAACUUUGGUAUUCUCGAUGUCCAACAAGCUCUGCAAUGGGUCCACGACAACAUUGCUGCCUUUGGUGGUAACCCCAACCAUGUCGUGUUUGGUGGACACUCUUCUGGCUCCGUUCAGGUUGACCACUACCUCUGGAACAACCCCCAGUCAUGGCUCGUCGGUGCUGUCGAGAUGAGUGCUAACGCUGAGUCUGGUCCUGCUGUCACUCCCCUUAACCAGGGUCUUGACAUUGUCGCUGCUGAGGUUGGUUGCGGUAAGGGUGCUGGUCAGCUCGACUGCCUUCGCACCAAGAGCAUUUAUGACAUUGAGACUGCCAACUUCAACAGCACCUACAACACCUGGUUUUCGCCCAUCAUUGACGAGGUCACUCGCUUCUCUGACUACGCUGGCCGCUUCGCUGCUGGCAAGUACGCCUCCCACGUUCCUCUUCUGACCGGUAACUCCGACGGUGAGGGUGUCAUUUUCGGCCUGGUUUACGGUGGCGAGAACACCGAUUUCAGCUCAUGGAUCAACACCUUUGACGCUGAUGUUGCACACAUCCCCGAUCAGAAACUCAUUGAUGCUUACAACGUUUCCGAGUACGCUUCCGUUUCUGCCAUGAGCGGUGCACAGUACGGUGAUGCUCGCUUCUUCUGCCCUGUCGACUACCUGCUUGACCUUCGCAGCGCAAAGCAGAACACCUGGGCCUACCGCUUCUUCGGUGAAUACUGCAACGUUGUCGGCUGUAUCGUUGGUGCCCCCACCCACGGCACUGAAAUUCCGUUUUUCUUCGGUGGCGCCGAAACGUUCAGUGCUCUCACCAAUGUCACCGCUGCCCAGCAAGCCCUCGCCGACUCCAUGAACGACUGGUUCGUCAAGUGGAUCAAGAACCCCGCUGCCGGACCCGGCUGGGAGAAGGUCAAGCCCAAGUGCGGCACUGUCGCUAAGCUCGGUGUUCCCGGCGACGAGCUCACCGUUGAGAUUGGCAGCACUGCUGACUACAAUGGCCGCUGCCAGUCUGUUUACGACCCUCUACAGUCCAAGUACCCUGUUCUUAACAGCGUCAAGGCUCUGUAA